CAGCGCCGGCCGGGCAAUCCUCACCAAUGCGCAUGCGUGGCUCUCCGGCACCGGUCCGUAUUCCAGCGUGGUGAAGAUCUCGCAGGCGCGGGAUCCUGCGCGCGUCGCAGCCAUCACGCUCCCAGGCCGCUUUCCACGGACUGCGGGACUCUCUCCCCAAGGGGCCAUGGCCGACUUGAAGCUGCUGGUACCGGAGCUAAACGAGGCAGAGACGAUGAGCGCUGAGACGGCGCGUUUCGAGGAGCUGCUGCUGCAGGCCUCCAAGGAGCUCCAACAAGCCCAGACAAGCAGACCAGAAUCUACACAGAUACAACCUCAACCUGGUUUCUGCAUAAAGACCAACUCAUCUGAAGGGAAGGUUUUCAUCAACAUUUGUCACUCUCCCUCCAUCCCUCCUCCCGCUGACUUGACCGAGGAUGAGCUGCUUCAAAUGCUGGAGGAGGACCAAGCCGGGUUUCGCAUCCCCAUGAGUCUGGGAGAGCCGCAUGCUGAACUGGAUGCAAAAGGCCAGGGUUGUACCGCCUACGACGUAGCUGUCAACAGCGACUUCUACCGGAGGAUGCAGAACAGCGAUUUCUUGCGGGAGCUCGUGAUCACCAUUGCCAGGGAGGGCCUUGAGGACAAAUACAGCCUGCCACUAAAUCCAGAGUGGCGUAUAUUGAAGAAAAGACCUUUCCUGGGCUCUAUCUCCCAGCAGAAUAUCCGCUCCCAGCAGCGUCCUCGGAUCCAGGAGCUGGGGAACCUGUACAUGCCCGACUCCCCGAGACCUGAGAAAGGCCCUGAGAAGCCUCACCUGAACCUUUGGCUGGAGGCCCCCGACCUCCUCUUGGCCGAAAUUGACCUCCCCAAACUGGUUGCCUCCUCUGUCCCAUGGGGGCCUCAGGCCCACUUCUGGUGCUGUCCUGAGGAUGCCCAGCGCAUCGGUGGGCUGAUUCCACUGCAUCGCCAGGAAGGCGCUCUGGGACUGUCGCUGGAGAUCGGGGAGAAUCGCCUGGUGAUGGGGGGCCCCCAGCAGCUGUACCAUCUAGAUGCCUACAUUCCCCUGCGAAUCAGCUGUGAUGAGAGCAAGGCAGCCUUCCAUCAGAAGAGAAAGCAAUUGAUGGUGGCGAUGCCCCUUCUGUCGGUGCCUUCUUGACUGGGUGUCUCCCUGUGCUUCUACAUGGAGGGAAGAGGAUGGUGGCUUCCCUAAAAUUGAAAUAAAAGAUUUUUGCCUUU